CAUUCCAGGACCUGUCCAAACAAACCGAGAUGUCUUACGGCACCGUCCGGGAUUCUGCCGUGUAUGAGUACUUCCGAGCCAAGGGCACCAACCCCCUGGAGCAGGACAGCACAUUUGCCGAGCUCUGGCGGACCAUUAGCAAGAACGGAGGGGCUGACCACUGUGUGUCCAGUCCUUCAGAAGGCAUCAGGAAGGCAAAGAAGGGAAACUACGCCUUUCUGUGGGAUGUUGCCGUGGUGGAGUAUGCAGCCCUGACAGACGACGACUGCUCUGUGGCUGUCAUCAGCAACAGCGUCAGCAGCAAGGGCUAUGGGAUCGCCCUGCAGCAUGGUAGCCCCUACCGGGACCUCUUCUCUCAGAGGAUCCUGGAGCUGCAAGACACUGGGGACCUGGAUGUGCUCAAGCAGAAGUGGUGGCCGCACACAGGCCGCUGCGACCUCAGCAGCCACACCAGCGCCCAGGCUGACGGCAAGUCCCUCAAACUGCACAGCUUUGCCGGUGUCUUCUGCAUCCUGGCUAUAGGCCUCCUCCUUGCCUGCCUGGUGGCCGCCCUGGAGCUGUGGUGGAACAACAACCGGUGCCACCAGGAGACGCCCAAAGAGGACAAAGAAGUGAACUUGGAGCAGGUCCAUCGGCGCAUGAACAGUCUAAUGGAUGAAGACAUUGCUCACAAGCAGAUUUCGCCAGCGUCCAUCGAGCUCUCGGCCCUGGAGAUGGGGGGCCUGGCUCCCAGCCAGGCCUUGGAGCCAACGAGGGAGUACCAGAACACCCAGCUCUCGGUCAGCACCUUCCUGCCAGAGCAGAGCAGCCACGGCACCAGCCGGACACUCACGGCAGGGCCCAGCAGCAAUCUGCCGCUGCCACUGAGCAGCUCAGCCACCAUGCCCUCCAUGCAGUGCAAACACAGGUCGCCCAACGGGGGGCUGUUCCGCCAGAGCCCCGUGAAGACCCCCAUCCCCAUGUCCUUCCAGCCUGUGCCUGGAGGCGUCCUUCCAGAGGCCUUGGACACCUCCCACGGCACCUCCAUCUGACCACGUCGCCUGCCCUCCUGCCCGCCCAUCCACCCACCCGACCAGCAGAGCUUUUUAAUACAAGGAAACCACACAAACCACACACACACACACACACACACACACACACACACACACACACAAAGACUAUUUCAUUUUUCUUGUACAUAUGUGUAAAUAAUGACAGAAUGGAGUGGGGUAAAAGUGUAUUUUGAAUAUUCCCAAUUUUCGAAGUCAGUAAAAAAACCCACAAAAACUGUAUGAAUGACUUUGUAAAUUUUGUUCUAUAUGAAUAAAAAGGCAAAUUACUUGUGAUCA